AAAAGCAAUACAAAUGGCCACCUGGAAACUCUUUCGAGAAGUAGAAUUACCUCAGCAAAAGCCUCAGGACGACGGCGUUCUUUUCCCGGCGGUGUUAUCCCCAAACCAUACCACCGAUUCUACUGCAGUACAACUCCCUGAUUUCAAAGAGGCAAUCAGAGCUCAUAAGCCAUGGCUGGAGUCUCUUCUCCAGAACACCGGUGCUAUUCUCUUCCGUGGCUUCCCUGUCGCCUCACCUUCUGACUUCAACGACGUCGUCGAAGCUUUCGGCUACCCUGAAGCGUUCUAUGUCGGCGGUCGAGCCUCUCGAAUCAAGGUCAUUGGCCGGGUUUACACCGCAAAUGAAGCUCCUCCCGAGAAGGGAAUUCCUUUCCAUCAUGAGAUGGCUUAUGUUCGUGAUUUCCCCACCAAGUUGUUUUUCUUUUGCGACGAAGAACCAGGAAAAGGGGGAGAAACUCCAAUAGUUUUGAGUCAUAUCAUAUACAAAAAGAUGAAAGAGAAGCACCCAGAGUUCGUUUCACAGCUAGAGGAUCAUGGAUUGACCUAUACAAAAGUAUCAAACGAAGAAGACGAUCCAUCAUCCUUCACCGGAAGUGGUUGGAAGUCAACAUACAAAACCGACGACAAGAAUGUCGCUGAGGAAAGGGCAGCUAAGCUUGGGGCAAAGAUUGAAUGGAUUGGGAAUUCGGCAAAAAUCAUAACAGGUCCAAUAGCAGCCGUUAGGGUUGAUGAAGAAAAUCGCCGGAAAACAUGGUUCAACAGUAUUGCAGUUAGUUACAGUGGCCCUGCGAACAAAAGGUUUUGUGAUGUUGAUACGAUUGUGGAGCUCGGUAAUGGCGACCCUGUGCCUGAUGAUGCUGUGGAAGAUUACUUGAAGAUCCUGGAAGAAGAGUGUGUUGCGAUUCCUUGGAAGAAAGGCGAUGUGCUUCUGGUUAAUAACUUGAUGGUUCUUCAUGGCCGGCGACCACUACUGAAGCCGCCACGUCGCAUACUAGCUUCCCUUUGCAAGUGAUCGGGUUCUUUAUUUUGAAGAAGCCGCGUUUAAUUGCAGGUAACUAGUGCUUUUACCAAAAUGUGAACUAGAAUAAGAUGUGUAUUCUAUACUUUAGAAUAAUGGGUGAUAAAUAAAUGGAAAUGCCAAGCCAAAGAACAUCAGCAUUUCUCUAUCCAUGUUUUUUAAUAUGCAAUAAGAUUGAUUGAUUUAUUUAUUUUUAUUAUUUUACAUUUCAUUUUGGG